UCCACUGCUGCCUGGUUCCCACAGAAAACCGUCUUCGUCAGUUUGGGAACACACAGAAGGUCAGUUCAGAAGCAGCAUCGUUUAGAGAAGGAUCUCUCUGUUUGGUAGAAAAAAUGUACAAAAUGUGGAACUUUAGUGUGGCUCUAGUGUGUUCACUAGCCGUUAGUGCUGCCAGCUUGGAGUCAAAUGAUUUGCACAAACACCACAACCAGGACAGCCACGAGAAUCACGACAGUUACGAGCAAGACCACGACCAUGGCGUCGCCCGGAAGCAGAAGCGUCAAGCCGGCUACUACCAGCAACCUCUGCCGGAAGUCCAGUACGACUACAUCCAGCCGGCGUAUUACGACCACUACCAACCUCCGGCGUACUAUCCACCACCAACCUACCACCAGAAGUCACCAUGCAAGAAGCACCACCCAACGACCACGACGACCACAACUACGACCCCGAAGCCCCACCACCACCACCUCCAGCACCACAAGCCUCUUCACCACCCGGUUCUCAUCCCGGACAAGGCCCUGUGGGACAAGAAGGUCGAACUCAUUCAGGACAAACUGGAGGCGAUCCACGCCCUCAAGGACAAAUCCGUGCACAAGGUGAAGGACGUUCUGGACCAGGUGUUCUUCCCGGAGUCCCGGUCGGAUCCCAGUUCGGAGGUGCGUUCGGAGCCGGUGGAGGCAGAUUCGCGAACGUUCCUUGACUCCAAGUGCGCAUGCGAGGAGCAGAUUGGCCUGCUCGAGGUGUCCGUGCUGCAGCUGGGCGAUGAACUGCGCAAGGUCAAGUCGUUCCUGGCGGCCAAGGAAGCGACGCUGCUCGACGGGACCACCAAGAUUGUGAAGGUCGUGAAGGUUGCCGAGGAGGAGGAGAAUUAGAAUUUUUAAAGUGUUUAUGAAAUUAAGGAGAUUUA